AUGCAACGCAUGCAAAGAAGGGAAGGCCGUUCGGAUGAGCGAAUUCCAAUGGUGUUGGACAAAGCUGUGUCCACGAACAUCCGGUUGCAGGUGUUCUUGCAGUUCGGAGCUUGGUUCGAUCUCCUCUUUGCUGUGCUUGAGGUGAUUGCUGGCUGGGCCAAGCAUCGAUGGAUUAAAGGAACCGUCGUCGUUGCCAUCUUGUGCAUCAACUAUUUGCUUUGCUUCGUUCUGGAGCCUUGCCGCCUCUACCUCGGAUAUGCCGGUAAUUUGGGCGAGAAGGUGCCAGAGCUCUUUCUCUUCGUUUUCCUGUGCAUGGGAUGUGUCGCAAUUCUCCUGGCAGAGUUAGUCCUUUGCGAGAUUCUUGAAUCUCUGCAACCCGCCAACUGCAGCUUUGCUCCGGAAUUGCCUUGCAUUCUCCCAAUGGAGCAGGCAUGCUGGAUCGUGCGGCUUGCUCUUUUGGUUUGCGAACUUGCGCUUGGGAUCCGAACUCUGCGCAGGCUGAUCCAUGACCAGUCUGCCCGUUUCUUCGUUGCCUUGGAUUCGCCGGAAGGCCAGUCAUUUGAUGACCUGAGCAGGCUCGACACAGUAUCCACAGGAGGGCAAGAAACUCGAGUGGCACGAGAGCUCGGACAGAGACCAAGGCCAGAGCGAGACAGAGGCCUUGCAGCUCAAAUAUAUGGGCGCCCUUCUCCUGAACUGAGCAGGCCGCAUGCCGAUUGA